AUGGCCGGGUUUUACCCCCGGGCAGGAGGAGCUGGGCUCUUGGUGCUCAAUGCCACCAUCUGGGCAGGACAAAGCCGCUCCCCGCCGUGGCUGCGGGUGGUGGCAGCCGCCUGCCUGUCCCUCCUCAUCCUCGGCACGCUGCUGGGGAACGCCCUGGUGUGCGCGGCCGUGCUCCGCUUCCCCCACCUGCGCUCCAGGGUCACCAAUCUCUUCGUGCUGUCCCUGGCCGUGUCCGACCUGCUGGUGGCCGUGCUGGUGAUGCCCUGGCGAGCGGCCACCGACGUGCUGGGCUCCUGGCCCUUCGGGGCUUUCUGUGACCUGUGGGUGGCUUUUGACAUCAUGUGCUGCACGGCCUCCAUCCUGCACCUCUGCCUCAUCAGCGUCGAGCGUUACUGGGCCAUCGCCAACCCCUUUGGCUACCAGAGGAGGGUGACACAUCGCGUGGCCUUUGUCACCAUCGGCGUGGCUUGGCUGCUGUCGCUCCUCAUCUCCUUCAUCCCCGUGCAGCUGCAGUGGCACAAGGACCGGGAGCUGCCCGGCCGAGAGCAGCUGGGAUUUAAUGGCUCGCUGGAGGAGGAGAGCUGUGAUUUCAGCCUCGGCGGGACCUUCGCCAUCUCCUCGUCCCUCAUCAGCUUCUACAUCCCCGUUGCCAUCAUGCUGGCCACCUACGGCCGCCUCUUCCGCACGGCCCGGCGCCAGCUCCGCGCCAUCUCCUCCCUGGAGAGACCCGGACCCGCCCGGAGCUGCCCUGGGGAAACCUCCCUGAAAAACUCCCUCCAGAAGGAGACCAAGGUGCUGCAGACCCUCUCCAUCAUCAUGGGCGUCUUCGUGUGCUGCUGGCUGCCCUUCUUCGUGCUCAACUGCCUGCUGCCCUUCUGCGACAACGAGCUCCGCGUCCCCUGUGUCAGCGGGGCCGUGCUCAGCACCUUCACCUGGCUGGGCUGGGCCAAUUCCGCCCUCAACCCCAUCAUCUACGCCUUCAACGCGGAAUUCCGCCGGGCUUUCGCCUCCCUGCUGGGCUGGGGCUGCCCCGGCAGUGCGGUGGAGACGGUGACAUUCAGCAACGAGCUGGUGUCCUUCCACCGCGACAGCACCGAGCCCGGGGCUGGGCACAGCCCCGGCCACCCCCUGCAGGUGGAAAACCACGAGGUGGCCUUGGGGAGGAUUUCUCCGGGCUCCUCUCCCCCGCAGAAUUCCCUUCGUGAGUGCGCAACUCCACUCGGGCUGGGGAGGAUUCCCUUCCCUUGA